AUGAAAGUGUGUUAUUAUGAAUUGCUAGGUGUAUCAAGAGAUGCUACGGAUAUUGAUUUAAAAAAAGCAUAUCACAAAAAAGCACUUCAGUAUCAUCCAGAUAAAAACCCAGACAAUAUAGAAGAAGCCACUGAAAUAUUUUCCAAUAUCAGGACCGCAUAUGAAGUACUAAGUGAUCCACAAGAAAGAGCGUGGUAUGAUGAUCAUAGAGAACAGAUUCUAAAUGAUUCGAUGAACAUCGAUGAUGUCGAUAAUGAUCAAUAUGAAUUUGACUCAAGUAUAACGGGAGUCACUACAGAUGAAUUGCUGAUGUUUUUUAAUGGUUCCUUGUACACUAAAUUGGACAAUAGCCCUGCUGGGAUGUAUCAAAUUGUAGGCAAAAUAUUCGCCAAAUUGGCAAUGGAUGAAGUUAAUUGGUGGAGACGAAUCAGUACAAAUGAGUCCAAUAAUCAAUAUAAGGAUGAUAUAUUUGAAAAAGAGAUCCAAUCUGUGGGUUAUUUAAAUGCUGUUGAAGAUAGAUUAAGUGAUGAUAGAUAUAUGUUUCCAACUUUUGGUCAUUCAAGAACAGAUUAUCAAUACUUGAAACAAUUCUAUAGAAAAUGGUCCAAUUUUAAUACUUUUAAGAAUUUUAGUUGGAAAGAUGAAUACAUGUAUUCAUCACAAUACGAUAGACGCACAAAGAGGGAAAUUAAGAAACGUAAUGAUAGGGCAAGAAAUAAUGCUAAAAAUGAAUAUAUUAAAACAGUUAAACGAUUUGUCACAUUUAUAAAGAAAUUAGACAAAAGAAUGCAGAGAGGUGCAGCUAAGGAGGAAGAAGAAAGAAAAUUGAAAGAAAAACAACAAAGAGACAUGUUAAAGAAACAAAUACAACAACAAAAAAGAGAUAUAUCUCAAAAAUCUGAGUUCGAAGUGCAAAAUUGGCAAACCAACGAAGAUGUCAACUGGGAUGAAUUGGCUAAAACAUAUGAUGAACAAAAAGACUAUUAUAAAUCUUCUAAGGAAGCAAAAACAACAAAUAAAUUAAAUGCUUGGAAAAAGAGUGAUAGAAAUAAAAAUGAUACUCAAUAUGGAGAUAUUGAUGACAAUGACACUGAUACUAUAUUGAUAUAUGAAUGUAAUAUAUGUAAUAAGACAUUUAAGUCAGAAAAACAAUUGGACAAUCAUAUUAAUACUAAAUUACAUCGUAAAAAUGUUUACCGUUUGCAAAAAGAGGUUUCUAAUGAAAAUAUGUCAUUAGGCUUGGAUAAUUUAUCAGAGUUAGAGGAGUAUGAUUCCGCAAAGGAAAACCAAGAAGAAGAAGCAUCCAUAAAUAUAUCUACGAGCAUAUCUCAAGAUAUACAAAACAUGAAUAUGAAACAACUGAAUGAACAAUUGGCUGAAAUUGAACGCCAAUUAGCUGAAGCUGAUUUCUCUGAUGAUUACAACAGUGAAGAUGCUGAUGAAGAAGAAAAGAAGGAGGAGGAAUUGGUGGUUACUGAGUUUGCAGAGGAAGUUAAGAAGCAUUAUGGUGAGGAAAAAUCAAUGUAUUCUAAUGAAUCUAAUUCAACACAUAUAGAAGAUUCUGGUUUUGAAAACGAAGAUGUAUUCGAAUCAGAAGAAGAGAUAGAUGAACUAACCAAAAUCCUAAAAUCAUUAGAAGAACGUAAUUGCAAAGAUAGUGGAAUUAAAUUUGGUGACGAAAAUCAAGACAAUGAUAGUAGCGAUGAAGAUUGGUGUAUAAAUAAGAAUAACAAAAAAAAAAAGAAAAAACAAAAGGGGAAAGGAAAGAAUAAAAAAAAAUCAAAUAAUGAGAAUAAUAGUAUGAUGAACACUGAUGAUUUGAAUAAUGUUGAUAAUGUUGUAAAGGGUCAUAUACCGCAGUGGAAGUUAGAAACCUGUGCCACAUGUGGUCAAACUUUUGGAAGUAAGAACCAACUUUUUAACCAUGUUAAAGAAAAGGAUCAUGCUGCUUCCCCAAAUAAGGUAAAAAAGUCUACAAAGAAGAAGAAUAAGAAAAAACAAAAAUAA